CGAGUACAACAUGGCAGCGCCCAUGAGCAAGUUAUUUUCUAACCACAUGCGUAUUUACAUCGACCAUAUACUUACUGUUUACGGGUAGCUACAGCUACAUUUAUCCCGGAGAUCCUUCAGAAUUUUUAGAUACAGGAAUUUGCAUCAUGGAGAUGUGUCAUAGAUGUGUUCUGAGAUUCCACAAUUUAAUUUGCCAUCCAGCCCUGUACAAUGCAGGCUAUUACCCAAUUAGAUACGCGAGUUCAAGGCCAAGCCCCGACUCCGACAUCCCUGUGAUCAGGGUUCCAAAAGCCUUACAGAAUAAGGUCCAAACUAUCCAGCAGGGCCAGAAGAGAGGUCCAGUAAAGUUGAAGGGGAGGAUCUUCACCGCUAGACCUGGCACUGAGAUCAUCUCCUCCAAGAAUAAAGAGUACAACCAUUAUCUCAACCAGACCUAUGAGAAGUUAUCUCCUCCAAAGCUCACAUCGCAGGGCUGGAAGUCUAGUAGAUCUAGGGGGGACUACUUCACAAUUUUAGCGUACAAAGGGAAUCCAUCAAUUGCCAAGAAAGGAGACAGUGAAGCAGAGACGCAAGAUACGAAAGCCCAGACCUUUCAAGACCUGAAACUUCACCCUUCCAUCAUUAAAGGAUUGGAUGUUAUGGAUAUAGUUACACCUACAAGUAUACAGUUGUCUGCAAUACCAGUCAUCCUUCGGGGUAAGAACACACUAUGUGCUGCAGAGACCGGUAGUGGGAAGACACUGACAUACCUACUGCCAUUGAUGCAGAGACUGGUUGAGGAGUCUAAGCAGACAGACACCUUCACUGCAGAGCCUGGUCUGCCUAGGUGUGUUGUGCUUGUGCCUGUCGGGGAGCUUGUCCAUCAAGUUUGGGAGGUUGCCAAGAUUCUUGCAGACUCUGUGGGGUUAUCAGUCCAGUACAUUGAUGGAGAGACUAGCUUGAAAAGCCUGGAAAAGAGAUUGAGUAUAUCCACCGACAUCAUCAUAUCUACGCCUGGACCCAUUAUAAAUGCUGUGAGACAAGGUUAUGGCAGCUUGGACUGUGUAUCUCAUAUAGUGAUCGAUGAAUCAGACACCAUGCUGGAUGAUAGCUUCAUACAACAGACCCUCAAGAUUCUCAAAAGGGUCAAUGUUGGAGAAGGGAAAGCUUGUAAGGUGACGGCUCCAGGAGAGGCUCAACUGACGAUGGUAGGAGCCACCAUGCCACGCAAGGCUACCAACAUCCUGGCUGAAAUCAUUCCUCCUGAGAAUCUAGAGGUGAUUUCUACCCCUCAUGUUCAUCGUAUCAUGCCUCAUGUACAUCAGAAGUUCCUUAGGCUACACUCAGAGGACAAAGCACUCAAGAUUCUUGAGCUGGUGAAGAGAGAACAGAAGAGACGUGUACCUACCAUGGUUUUCUGUAACAUGGCAUCCACUUGUGAUUGGCUUGCUCACAUCCUCACAGAGAAUGGCAUACCAGCCCUCAGACUACACUCUAAAAUGGGUGGCAAGUCUCGUAGUGGAGUAAUGGAAGCAUUCAAAUCAGGUGAAGCCCACAUCUUGGUCUGUUCAGAUAUAGCUUCAAGAGGAGUGGAUACAGUUCAGGUCCAGCAUGUGGUGAACUUUGACUUCCCUCCCUUCAUGUCGGACUACAUCCAUCGAGCAGGGAGGGUGGGGCGUGUAGGGAGCCAGGGGAGCGGUCAUGUCACCAACUUUGUGGUACACAAGUGGGAUGUGGAGCUGGUCAAUAAGAUAGAGAGAGCAGUAAGGACCAGAGAGGAUCUUCCAAGGGUGGAUGCAAACAUCAAACAGAAGCAUGUCAAGAGACUGGAAGACCAAGACCUGCAAGAUGCGGACCAGGCCCUAAAAGGCUGAAGAUUGUCAAACAGGGAUCUGUCUGGUCUAUUACAGGCCUCUGGAUCACAAUGCCGGAAUCAUGUCGGCUAGGAGAUACCAUCAUUCUGGUAGACAUUAACCCUUUUCAUGCUGUAAGCGGAAAAUCCUGUCCAUGAUGAAUGUUAUGUUUUGGGCAAGAAAAGGUUAUAAUCGACAAUAUCUUCUGAAGAUUAAAGGCCGAUGUCGUUUUAUACUGCCCCCACUUUCUGGAUCUCUCCAUCAACCAGACGCAAUCUCUUGUGCUACGCUACUGAUAUUUGAUCCCCUCUACCUUUUCUUUUGUAUAGCCAUUUUGAGAAUUUGGUUAAAAUAAAGAGUGAAGACAGUGUAUUUCUCCGAAAAAAUUGUAACGUUUCUAAAAUAGCUUUAAUCAUUGGACAUAACCAUUUCUUUUUGUAAUGGAGAGAAUGGAAAAUUAGUAGUAUCUGCCAUUUCUAUGCCUCCGCAAAGAAGUAGCCGGAGGCGGUAUCUUUUCGGGUUGUCUGUCCGUCCUUCCCAUUCUCAAGAUUUUGUUAUCUCAAGAACUGAUUGACGGAUUCCUGCCAAACCUGGGUCGUGUACCCGUAUGUAUCUUGCAGAGCCAAUGAAUUGAUUAGAUUUGAGGAUCAUGAGACCAAAGAUCAAAGGGUCAUAAAUGUAUAUGAAAAAUAGCUUGUAAUCAUGAUAUUUUUGAGAACCUAUUAAUGGAUUACAAUCAAACUUGAAUUUUGCUCCUGUUUUGGUUUGUAAGAUCACUCUAUCAAAGAUCCAUCUAUUCUUGUAUAUAUGUGCUGGAUUUAAAUCGAAUAUUUAAUACAAUUCAAUGUAUUGCAGAAUUGGUUUUAUCUACAUGUAUUUUUUUAUUUCUGUCACUUCCUUGAGAGGCCUUGAUGGCAUGUGCACUAGCCUGAUUAGCUAUCAGUUCAUCUGAAAAAUUUUCUUUAAAAUCCAUUAGCUUGCCCAGCACCUGCCCAACAUAGCAAUAACUAUAUAGUAAGCUGGAUUCCAUUCAUGGAGUUGUUGUCAAACACAACAACUGAAUUGAACAAAUCCCAACCAAUUAACCCUUGCCUACUGGAACCUGGUUGUCCCUGUAUUAAGCCUAUGGAACUUUGAAAAAUGCAGCAGUCAACGGCUUAAAUGUAUUAACCUAGGACAGUUUUUGACUGAAAAAACACAUAUGUGAGAUUGUGUAUGAUCAUUCUGAUCAAGAAAGUAAAACACUGUACACAACAUUUAAUUUAGCUUGGCAAUCAAUACUUUUAUUUUUCACAUUAAAGUACUAUGAGACAUUACAAUUUGCAUGAUGACUAUAUUACAGCCACAAGAUAUGGGUUCCAGAGAUGAACACAUUCUAUCAACAAUUUGAUUGCAAUUAGA